AUCAUCAUGAUCUCGUCUGGGGAUUUCAAUGGCUUGACGUGCCUAAGGAUCAGGCGAGUACAUGGCCAAUAAAGAUUGUUUGAAGCCUUCCCAGCGCGACUUUGGUAUCGUCCAUACGAUACCUUCCAUGGUUCGCGAUGACUAGAAAUAUAGGAUCUCGGCACGAUGCGCUUCAGUGACACAGCACGCAUUGAUCUGCUAAUGUGGAUGGUUUUAGUAGCGGUACAUGAAAAAUCAGCCGGGGGGAGAGGGUACAGUAGCGACCUGCGCAAACCGCUCCAAUCAGUCAUGCAUCAAUGCAGGACGCAGUCCUGUGGUCUUCGAUGCGCCCGUGCUCUGCGCAGCUCAUGGAUGAUAGUAGUCUUCGACAUGCUCGACCGAGAUGCGUGUGCCGCAAGCUGGAGCGGGGGAUGUCAGUUAUCGCUACUUGCUCGCCUCGCGGUUGCCUUUUAUCUACCUCGCUCCAGUAUGCUAAAAUAUAUAUCCUCGUCGGUGAUUUACGUUGUUGCUAUCGUGGUCAUCCGUUUUCUUGCUUUCAGGGAAUCUUUCUCGAUGCAAGCAAGCAUCGCCAAAGCUCAAUCCAGGUCCGACCUCUACCCAAGACAGUACGUUAAUUCUGUCAUGGACAACAGUCUCAUAGCCUGUCAACAAUGUGCCACUGCGAGGGUAAGAUGUAACAAAGGUCCUGUCAGUAUUGUUACCAUAAAUUUAGCUAACUCUCAGGGGCUCACCUCUCAUCACGAGAUGUGAAGCAAACGGAUACAUGUGUCAGGUACGACGAAGAAAAAACGUUCGCAGGAACGGGUCGAAGAAGACUACAACCAACGAUAAAGCCACCAAAGCUCGCUACAAUUGCAAGGCUACU